GCCUCCUCCCGCUGUCGCGCAGGACUGCCUCUCUGUCAACUUGGGAGGGCUAGGCGCCAGGCACGACCCCCUCAUAAUUGCUGGCGAAAGUCGGGGCCACGCGGCGGGAACAUCAGGACGCGGCCAUCACGGCGCGUAUCAGCGUCUGCUGUGUUAGACGCCCGCCGCGGGCACGUUGCCCUCUCCCUUCAUCAUGUCUGUUAUGCAGGGCGUCGCAGGCUCGUCGGUGCACGCGGCAGAGCCGCCCCCGACACCCCAGCACCAGCCGCCGACGCCGAUGCCCUCCCCGCCCGUGUCGCGCUCCUCCUCGCCCGCCCCUGGUCCGACGUCAGCGUACAAGAUAGCACCCCUGCCCUCCCCCACACCCUCCCCAUAUCCGUCCCGCCCGCCGACGCCGACGCACAGCGCGCGCGCGCCGAACGCGGUCCUGAACUUCCGCCCCGCGACGCGCGACGUGCUGCGCGCGAUCGUCCCGCACGUCUUCCUGGAGAGCGCGCCGGGGAUGCAGAACAUCCUCGCGCGGCAGGCGGGGCUCCCGCCGAGGGCGUACCCUCGCUAUGGUCGGCGGCGCGGGUGGCCGCGGCGCAAUCCGACAAGAGCGCUCACUGCGCGGUGCGAUGGCCUGCGCGCACGCGAUGCCAUGCACGCAAGAGGGCUCCGAUACGACCCGAGGCGACCGCUACGGGGCAGCCCUCUGAGGGCGUGCACACACUUCGUCAUCUGGGAGGACUUCGAUGAACCUGCACCCCAGCCCGACGCUCUCAAGACCGAGAAGACGGAGAAGAGGCGAUCCUGGAAGGUGUUCUACAGCCUGAGAAACAUCCGAGAAAGCCUAGGACAGCUCGCAAGUCAGCGCUCGAAGGCUACCUUACGGCCAGGACUGCCGAAGUCGCAGACGGAGCCGGCGUUGUCUUUGUCGAAGCCGGCGUUGUCAUCGUCGAAGCUUGCGUUAUCUUCGUCGGAAUCGCGCACACCGCGCCCCGAGUCCCGUACGUCGCUCCCGGAGUCGACGCCCCGUCCUCCGCCCGUGCCGUCCUUGCCCGCGACGUCGACCGCAGCAUCAACGAGCCCGCCAUCGGCGUCUGCGUCUGCGUCAACUCCACCAUCAGCGUCGACUAUACUGUCAGCGUCGACCCCACCAUCUUCGUACAAGCCUGCAAGAGAUUCGUCCACACCUGCCAGAGAUGCGCCUAAGCCAACAAGAGAUGCUCCCAACCCUUCAAGAGACGCGCCUAAGCCCUCAAGGGAUGCCUCUAAGCUCUCAAGCGAUGCGCCUACGCCCUCAAGACAUGCACCACCCCGACCCUCGCGCAAAUCAAUGCCUGAGGGGACGCCUCGUCCGGCGCGCGAGGAGGCUCCGCGCCCGACGCGAGCGUCGUUUCCGGAGACGACGCGGAAUACGCUGGCGCGGACGGGUUCGACAUUGUCGCGUACUGGUUCCACGAUAUCGCGCACCACGUCGACGAUAUCACGCACCACAUCGACGAUUUCUCGGACGAGCUCGCGCUUCUCCCUCCGCGGCUCAUUCCGCAGAGCGCGCACGCAGUCCUGCGAGCCUCCGCCUGUGCCGCCGCUGCCCGUGCAGGCGAUUGCAGUGUGAGCUUUACGCCUGCCUGUUCGUCGAUUUCAUCUUUGUCGGGGUUCUCAGUUUCCUACCUGAACUCCAUCCUCGCUGGGGUGCCGUCCUCAUCUACAGACGCCAAGGUCUUUAUUGGCAGCCGCCGACGUCCUCAUCGGCAGACAUCGUCGCCCUCUCUGGCGUACCACCGUUCACCGGAAAUCCAUCCAUCCUCUAUCUUCGGAUCCCACACUCCACCACCCACAUUCCACUCUUCUCUCGGACCCCAUCGCUCCCAUACAUGCAUCGCUCCCGCCCAUCUACACACAUCACGAACGUUACGCCGCCGUCAUGUCAACGAUACCGCUGGAUUGGACCCUUGUACUAUAGUCGUUCGCAAUGCCUGCUGCUUGCUUCCAGUUCUUGCACUGCUUACUGCCAGCCAUCGCGCUGCUUACUUGCAGUCAUUUCACUGCCUACUCGUAGCCAUCGCGCUGCUUACUCCCCUUUUACUUCGCAGCGCCCACUCUCAAUCCUCGCAGAUCUACUUCCAGCCAUCUCGUCUCUACAGUCUACUACCAGUCUACUUACAGCUCGCUCCAACCUAUCGUUACAGCAUCCUAUCGCUAUCGUCCACACCUAUACCUCCUAACUCACAUCACUAUUUAAUUCCCCGCACACGUCCCAUUUUUCCAUGUCCCAGCGUUACUCUGUCGUGUCGCCAUCCGACUUGCGUGGCCUUCCUUCUGAUGGCUUCACGUCGCUGCGGGUGUCUGCGUCUUCAUCGCCCCCGUACAUCCCUACGCAGUCAUUGUCAUUCCUCAUGUACUGACCUUUUUGCAUACUCAUCUUGUUCUCAUUCAUGAUCAUUAGACUUGUGCCCUUUCGCACCAAUCUGUACUUGUCAUUUGGCCCUCGUGUCAGCGCACAUAUUGCUCGUGUCCAGCGGUCUGAAAGCCGU